AUGGAUAUCCAGUACCAAUAUCCGGCUCCGGCCCCUGUCCCUAGCUCUGCUCCGUACUACUCCCAGCAGUCUCAGCAACCACAUCAGCAGCCAUAUGAUCACUACUAUUAUGGUCAUGCAGAUCAUGAAGGAUAUCCCAGCAGCAACGCACACUACAGCAACACAGAGUAUGAUAUCCACAGCAGUAAGCAAGCAAGCCCAUCCCCUUUUAAUAACGGCAACAGCAACGAAGGCAACAUCAACAAUGAAUUGGAUGCCGCAAAUGACGGCCAGACCUCCAAGGCACACAAAGGCAAGAUCUUCCAGUGCACUGGCUUUGGCGACUGCCGCAUGGUGUUUACUCGGAGUGAACACCUCGCUCGUCAUGCUCGAAAGCAUACUGGCGAAAAGCCCUUCCAGUGCGUAGUCGAGGGAUGCACGCGAAUGUUUAGUCGAUUUGACAACAUGGUGCAGCACACCCAGACCCAUACCAAGGGUGCCCAUCCAGAGACC